GUCUAGAUUUAAAAGGAGCAAGUAUGGAGGACUUAAAAAAAAUACCUAGCGGUGGUAAAAUUCCUGGACUGGACAAAAUUUCUAGCGAUAAUGACGCUUUUCCAUAUAAGGAUUAUGUUCAAUUAUCGGCGGUCGGAGAUGGAAAUUGUUUCUUAAAUUCUUUUUCUGUUCUCUUAACCGGCAAAGAGCGCGAUACUUCUUUGGCAUUACCUUUAAGGGUUAAACUUUGUUUAGAGUUUAUGGCUAAUCCUGAUAAAUUUGCGGGAGGAAAUGAAACUCAACAACUUGAUGAGUUGAAAGAAAAAUUAAAUGGUAGUUAUGGGUUUGCUAAAAAUGGAAAUUACACACAAAAAGAUGUAAUCUCAGCUAAAAAUAUCGAGGACUUAUUUACAGGAACACCCCUUACCCUCGAUUAUCCUGAACGAGAAAAUGUCGGUGCUGAAUUACAUUUUGAAUUUGAGGCUGGAUUAUCAGUUCAUCGGCUUUAUAAAAUAGUGGAAACCAUUAACGAACCUGGAAAAGAAAUCACUAAAGAUAAUAAAUUAUUAAAAGAGGGACAAAGAUUAAAAAUCGUUUACGGAAAGAUGUCGAAGAAAUUAGUUGAGCCAGACAGUAUAAAUUAUUUAAACCACGGCAAGGGGAGUUGGUUAUUGGGAAAAAUCAGAAUGAACCUUACGCGAAGAGCCUCGGUUAGGUCAACGCUUUCAUCUGCUCAUCAAGGAAAGCAAGAAAUUCCGCAAAUAAAAAGCGGAGUGGUGGUCAUUCAUGAUAUUUUGCGCUUGCCCGGACUAGUAAGUAAAGUAUUAGUCGAAAGAAGUAAAGGAGCAAAUGAAAAGAGAUUAAAUAUUGACCCCGCCGGAACUUGCAUUGGUGAACGAGGCGAAAGAGCCAAAUCCAUUUCUCGUUUGAUUUACGAACGGAUAGACUUUGCAGAUGAUUAUCUAGGGAUAAAAAUUCACGACCGAGUUUUAGAAGGAGAUGAAAAAGAUGAAAUUUUAACCAAUAAAGGUCAAGUGCUGCAAGAAAUUGGCAAUUAUAAAAAUAUUGGACAUAAAAAAGUCAUUGAUGAGCGAGACAAUUUACUUUUAGAAAUAGUUCGUCAAAAUGUUUCGAAAACCACUAACGAAUUAAAAAACAACAUUCUUUAUUUAAUUGAGAAUGUGACGGUCGCGGAAUUGGGAGAAAUUAUUGCCAAAGGGCAAAUCAUUAGUCAUAAUCAGCCCUUGUCCUGGGAUUUAUUAACUGAUUAUUGUCAAAACAUUAAAAUAGAAAUAAAAAAGAAGAGUGGAAUAAAUUUUAACCAGAUUAUUCAAGAAUACUUAAAAAAAGAUUGGCAGAAAGGACAAUUGGUAGCUCGCCCUCCGGUAGUUAGCAUUAUGGGUCAUAUCGAUCACGGUAAAACCACUUUGUUAGAUACUAUUCGCCAGACCCAAGUUCAAAAAAAGGAAAUCGGAGGAAUAACUCAAAAAGUUAGUGCUUCCCAAAUAGAAUUUCAGAACCAAAAAAUUACUUUUUUAGACACCCCCGGACACAGUGAUUUCAUUAAAAUGCGGCAACGAGGAAUUUCCUUAACUGACUUAGUAGUGUUAGUAAUUGAUGCUAAGGAUGGCGUAAUGGAACAAACUAAGGAGAUUAUUAAUUACCUUCUCCUUUACGAAUUACCGGUUAUUGUUUUUAUUAACCAUAAGAAGUUGACUGAAACUAACCAUGAAAAUAAUUUAAACCGAAUUAGAGUCUCGGGUAGUGCUCGGGAAACAACUAGCAUCCAAAACUUGCUGGAAGUUAUUCUGCUUUUUUCGGUUGACUUUAAGACCGAACAUUCUAACUCUACUCAUGGAGUAGUGAUUGAUAGUUAUCUGCAUUCCCAAACCGGCUCUCGAAUCAGCGAGUUAUUGAUUCAGAAUGGUGAAUUAAAAGCAGGGGAUAUUAUUUUCCUCAGUGGAAAGUUUGGAAAAGCCAAAAUGAUAUUUGGUCUUCACGGUCAGAAAACCACUGUCGCCUAUCCGAGCGACCUCGUUCAAGUUAUUGGUCUAAAUGCUCCGGCUGAAUUAGGAGACCGAUUUUUAGUGCUGAGCGAUGAAAAAGCAGUGGUCGAAAUAGAGAAAGAAUUAGUCGAGCAUUGGGGGAAAAAGAAGAAAAUAACUUCUCCUUCUAGUGAGAAAAAAAAUGUUAAUUUAGUCUUAGCAGCUGACAGCCAAAAUAGUUUAGAAGCCUUGACCGAACUCAUCAAAAAAAAAACUACUGCUAACUUAAACUUUUCCGUCGUUCAGGUUGCCAUGGGAAGUUUAAAUAGUUUUGCUCUCGAUUUAGCUAGAAUUACCAACAGCACCGUGCUAAUUUUCGGCUACCAACCUUCCCAACGAGAAAUUAAGACUCUAAAAGAAGACAAAAUUUCUUUUUUUAGCAGUAAAAUUAUAUAUGAGAUUGGUGAUAAAUUAGACGAAAUUAUUAGUAGUCAAAGAGAGGUAGAAGAAGUGGAAGAAAUAGUAGGAACUGCAACGGUCAAGAAAGUUUUUCAUUUUUCCAAAGGCAAUAUUGCCGGUUGUCAAGUAGUUAGUGGCAAAAUUAACCGCAACAAGCAAGUUUAUGUGCUUCAGGGAAAAGAAGGAAAAAAAAUUUUUAGUGGAGAAAUUAAAACUUUAGAAAUUAACAAGGUAGAAAAAAAGGAAGUCAGUGCCGGGCAAGAAUGCGGAAUUGUCCUCAAAGGAUUUAAUAAUUUUCAAGAAAAAGAUAAAAUAGUUUCCUUUCACCUAAUCAAACGAAAUGUUAUUCAAGAAAAAUAA